GAGCCGUCGGCUGCGCUGGGAUCGGAGCGGUGCGGCUCGGAGCGUCCCGGUAGAACAAGGAGGGUUGGCACGGCUGGGCACGGCACGGCACAGCUCAGAUAUACACGUGGGACAUCGCGCUUGGCACAGUUUGAUUUGGCACAACGUGGCACAGCUUAGCCCUUGGUGGCACGGUUCAGCCCCGUGUGGCACAGUUUGGCACAGCUGAGCGCAGUUUGGCACAGCACACAACAAACUUGGCACGCAGUUGCUUGGCACGGCUCAGCACCGUUUGGCUCGGUACGGCUCAGCUCGGAGCCUGUGCUGGAUGGACAUGGAGGGGCGCACCCCGCCGCGUCCCACCCGGUGUCACCCGUUACCGCGCCUGGGAGGGGUCGGGUGACGCACCGCCGUCUGGCCCCCGCCCUGUCCCCCGGGACGUCACCCCACGUCCCCCCGGCAGCUCUGACUCAUCGCCUCUCUGCCAAAACGGCUGCGCCGGCAGCACCACGAUGUCCCUGCGCCAUUGGGAUUGGGGACACCCCACCUUCCCAGGUGUCCCCACUGUCCCUGUGCCACUGCUGGGUCCCCGUCCCGUAUCCCUCCUUGCCCUCUCUGUUCCAGCCCUUGGAGCCCACUUUGGGCAAGAUGUUCUGCCGGGAUGGCAGGAGUGUCACUGGGCUUGGGGACGGUGUCCCCCAUAAGGCUGUGCCUCAAAGUGACCACGCAGGUGACAAGGCUGAGCCUGGUGACAGCUCAGAUACCACCUGGCUGUGCUCUGUGCCACUGGUUUCUGGGUCCCUAUAUCCAUGUGCCACCAGCCCCGGGCUCAGGGACACCCCCCCCCCACCCCCCCACAGGGGAAACUGAGGCACCUGGCCCCGAUGAGCCCCCCAGGCUGAGCAGAACUGUGGUGAGCCCACCUCGAUGCUCUCCUCCAGCCUGACCCUUCAGUGGACUGCAGAGAGCUGUCACACUGAGAAAGGAGAACUUAGAUGUGGGUCUCAGGGGCUCCUGCCCCUUUAAGCCCUAAUUAGGACUAUGCCUUUAAAAAGUCCCAUGGGCCCCAGCCCUAUUACCCUGCUGGACCAAGCCGGUGAGGAGCAGGUGGGCUGAGCAAGCUGGUUUCCCCCCCCAUCCCACCACACCCCUAACCCGGCACUUUUAAGCUCCCCUCCCAUUGCCAGGCUUUUGUCCAGCUGGCUUUGCCCCCUGCUUUGGGGGAUUUGGGUUUUAGCCCUGGUCUUGCACUCCUUUUGCUGAGCCCCCCCUUCACCCCUUUUCUCUUUGUGCCGAGCUGAAUCCUUUGGCAUGGCUGCUGUAGCGUGACAGCACCCCGGGACCUCUUUCUGCUUUAUUUCUUUGGAGGGGAACACAUGAAGUAUGACCGCAGCGCUCCCCUAAUCCUGCUGUCACCUCACCCCUUGUCACCCACCAUGGCUUUGCUCCGGCCCUUCGCCGCCCUCCUCCUCCUCACCGUGCUGCUCUCCUGGGCUGCAAGCCAGACCCCUCCAUUGCCCCUCUUGCAAGCACUGCGGGCACACGCUCCGGGUAGCCAAGGCUGGAGGGGAGGGGCAGCCAGUGGGCAGCCCCUGCGCUACAUGCUGGAGCUGUACCGGCGAGCUGCUGACCACGAGGGGCGGCCCCGGCGCGGCCGAAGUCUGAGCACCAAUACCGUGCGGCUGGUGCAGGCAGCUUCCCAUGAGGGACAGCCCUGGGCAGGUCGCUGGUACAUGCAGCCCCUCACCUACCGCCUGGGCACCCAGCCUGAAGCUGAGCACCUUCUCCGUGUCACCGUGGCCUACACUCAGAGCCUGCCACUGCCCCGUGGCCGCCUCCUGUGUGCUGUGGAGCUGCUGCCUGCUGCUGAAGCCCCAGCGAUCCUGCUUAGCCCCACCACCCCAUCCUGCCACGGCUGGACCGAAGCAGACAUCACCCCCUAUCUAUCCCCAGCAAACAGCAGCUCAGGAGGGACGCUGACCCUGCGGCACAUCUGCGUGCAAGCCGGCCGAGCUGCUGCGGACACCCCGCCGUCCCCUGCAGAGCCCUUCCUCCUCCUCUUCCUCAAUGACACCCACAGCAGGAUGCUACCGGAGCCUCGGCGCAGCCGGCGUGAGGCAGGGACGCUGCUCCAUGACCUGCCCAGUUACCUGCGGGAUGCUGGAGGGGACAAAAGUGACUGUUCCCUGCGCUCCUUCCCCGUCAGCUUUGCCCAGUUGGGUUGGGACCAUUGGAUCAUUGCUCCCCAUCGCUACAACCCACGCUAUUGUAAGGGAGUGUGCCCACGGCUGCUCCGUGAUGGAUACCACGCGCCCAACCAUGCCGUGGUGCAGAACUUGGUCCACCACCUGGUAGAUGCCAACAUCCCCCGGCCCUCCUGUGUCCCCUAUCGCUACAGCCCCAUCAGUGUCCUGAUGAUCCAGCAUGAUGGCAGCAUCCUCUACAAGGAGUAUGAGAACAUGAUUGCAGAGUCCUGCACCUGCCGGUAACAAGCUGUGCCUGGAGCUGGAUGUUCUUUUUUGGCUGUAUUUUGAUGCUUUGUGGGUGGGGUUGUUGUGGUUUUUGAUAGAGAGGGGUUUGUCUCCACUGCGGUGCGAUGCUCGGAGGGAAAGUUUUACAGUUUUAUGGAAAGCUUAUUAAAAAAGAUGUAUGUAGGAUUUUAAAGGUGGGAGCCCGCCCUUAGCAUCCCUCUGUCCUGCACUGCUGGCUGUUGUCGGGGCUGGAGCAUGAAGCUGGUGGAGAGCACAUCUCUAUGCUGUCACCUGCUGCCAUAGGACUCAGUGCCAUGCACCCCAGGCCAUCUCGUCCCUGGGUAUUUUGGGGGCUCCCCUUGUUGCAGCCCCCCCCUUGUCUUUCCUUGGGAUGGCUAUGGAAACUGGUGGGACGUGGGGAUGGCAGUGUUACCCCAUUGCCUCUCCCUCUGCUGUCCCUUGUGGGCUGGGCUCUGCUCUGAACCUGUCCUUGUUCCUAAAGGUGUCCCCCAGGCUCACAGCCUGGCUUUCCUCUAUUUAUUGCUGACUGUGUUAAUAAAUAAAUGACUGAAUUUUGCUAAAGUCCA